AUGAAGGAGAUGCUUGACGAGUGGCACAUUCCGUUGACUAAAGUGCACGUCAUACUCAGGGACAAUGCAAGUGUCACCGUCCUCAAACGCAUCCUGGCUAAAGAAGGCGAUGCAGAUACUGGCAUCAAAACAAUGAAAAAAACCUGCUUCAAGCUGUCAACAAACGCUUCGACACUGUGGAAGAUGGACCCCCCCACCCUGCUGGAGCCGAGAUAUAAAGACAGAUACUUUACAACUGCACAAUCUGCAAAUUGUGCAAAAGAUGCACUGACGGGGGAACUAGAGGAAGAGUUGAGGAGCAGCACAGCUGGAGCAUCAGAGGCUGCAGAGCCACAAGAAAAGGUCCCUCGGGUGGAAGCAGCAGCAGCACCAAGUAAGAGCAGCUUCAUGCAAGAGUUUGACCAAAUUGUGGAGGAGUGUGAAGAUCCCAGUGCAGCAAGCAGCUCGAGCCCUGCAGUCCAACUGCAUGGAUAUCUUGCAGAGAAAACCAUCGCUGCCUCAGACAACCCAUACCAAACAGAAGCUGAUGGAGAGGACUGUGGAGGACCAGAACCAGACAGGAACUCACAUCCACUUUUACAACCAGAGACUGAAGACCAGACUGGAGACUCUUCUGAACCUGAGACUGAUGACAGUGCUGAUUGGAAGGAGACCAGAGAACCUCAGUCAGCUUUAAACUCUCUGAAACAUGAUUCAACAUGUAAGAAAACAUUCAGCUGCUCUGAGUGUGGGAGAAGAUUUGGCCGCAAGACACACCUGAAGAGACACAUGAGAAUCCACACAGGAGAGAAACCUUUCAGCUGCUCUGAGUGUGGUAAAGCUUUCUCUGAUAGUGGAAACAUGAAGAAACACAUGAUAACUCACACAGGUGAAAAACCUUUCAGCUGUUUAGUUUGUAAGAAAACGUUUUUAAUGUCUAGAAAUUUACAGAGACACAUGAGAAUCCACACAGGAGAAAAGCCUUAUAGCUGCAGUGUUUGUUAUAAAUCUUUUACACAGAGUGAAUAUUUACAGAAACACAUGAGAGUCCACACAGGAGGGAAGCAUUUUAGCUGCUCAGUCUGUAAGAAAUAUUUUUCACAGAAUGGAAAUUUACAAAAACACAUGAGAAUCCACACAGGAGAAAAACCUUUCAGCUGCUCAGUUUGUAAUACAUCUUUUACACGGAGUGAAAAUUUACAGUCACACAUAAAAACUCACACAGGAGAGAAGCCUUUCAGCUGCAGUGUUUGUAAUACAUCUUUUGCACAGAGAAGAAGUUUACGGGCACACAUGGUAGUCCACACAGGAGAGGAAAGAUUCAGCUGCAGUGUUUGUAACAGAAGAUUUGCCUGGCGUUCUGAUGUCAAAACACAUAAAUGUGUUGGUCAGAUGGAAAGAGAAGCUGAUGGAGAGGACUGUGGAGGACCAGAACCAGCCAGGAACUCACAUCCACAUGAGUCACAUCUGAAGAAACACAUGAGAACUCAUACAGGAGAAAAACCUUUUAGCUGCUCGGUUUGUAAGAAAUCUUUUACACAGAGAGGAUAUUUACAACAACACAAGAGAAUCCACACAGGAGAAAAACCUUUUAGCUGCUCAGUUUGUAAGAAAUCUUUUACACAGAGUGAAUAUUUACAACAACACAUGAGAAUCCACACAGGAGAAAAACCUUUCAGCUGCUCAGUUUGUAAUACAUCUUUUACACAGAGAGGACAUUUACGGUCACACAUGGUAGUCCACACAGGAGAUAGAAGAUUCAGCUGCAGUAUUUGUAACAAAAGAUUUUCCCGGCGUUCUGAUGUCGAAAAACAUAAAUGUGUUGGUCAGAUGGAAACAGAAGCUGAUGGAGAGGACUGUGGAGGACCAGAACCAGACAGGAGACAUGCUGAGUACCCUCCAGGAUGA